UAUCACUAUAGUCUCUUUCAUUUCACUUUCAAAUUCACUACAACAUGGUUUCAAAAAUGUUGUCCAAACCAACAUGGGAACAAUGUUCCUCCUCCUACAUUAGUAGCUGCAAAACGACCACGUUUCCCAUAGUGGUGGACCUCUCAAAACCCGAAGCAAAGAACAUCAUAGUUAAGGCUUGUGAGGAGUUGGGGUUUUUUAAGGUUGUCAACCAUGGUGUCCCCAUGGACACUGUCUACGAGUUGGAGUCUGAAGCCACCAAAUUUUUCUCUCUACCACUCCAUCAGAAACACAAAGCAGGACCUCCUAAUCCAUUUGGCUAUGGAAACAAAAAAAUUGGAACCAACGGUGAUGAGGGUUGGGUUGAAUAUCUUCAUCUCACCAAUGACCAAGAUUGUAACUCCACCACACUCUCACCUGCUUUUGGCCACAACCUAGAUAAGUUUAGCUGUGCACUGAGUGAUUACAUGUGUGCUGCGAGAAAGAUGGGGUGUGAGAUUCUUGAUUUGAUGGCUGAAGGAUUGAACAUUGAGGAAAAGAAUGUGUUGAGCAAGCUUUUGAUGGACAAAGAGAGUGACUCUGUGAUGAGGCUCAACCAUUACCCUCCAUGUCCUCCAGAGAACCGUUUGAAUAAUAAUGAUGAUAACGGUGAAAACAUGGUUGGCUUUGGUGAGCACACAGAUCCACAAAUCAUUUCCUUGCUUAGAUCCAAUAACACUUCUGGUCUCCAAAUUUGUCUCAAAGAUAAAACUUGGGUUUCUGUGCCACCUGAUCACAACUCCUUCUUUGUCAUUGUCGGUGAUUCUCUGCAGGUUAUGACCAAUGGAAGGUUCCAGAGUGUGAGGCACAGAGUUUUGGCAAAUGAAUUAAAAUCGAGACUUUCAAUGAUUUAUUUUGUUAGUCCACCUCUGAGUGAGAAAAUAGUGCCAUUGCCUUCUCUUAUGAAAGGCAAAAGCUUAUACAAAGAGUUCACGUGGUUUGAGUAUAAAAAUUCCGCUUAUGCUACAAGAUUGGCUGAGAAUAGGCUUGCUCAUUUUGAGAAAAUUGCAGCUCCAUAAUGCUAUAGGAAUUAAUUAGGGGUACCUGUCAAUAUUAGGGUUUCAAUAUAUCACUAAUGUUUUUUUUUUUUUCAUAUAAGUUGGAUGCUGUAUGUAUUUAGCAUAUCUUAUUAAUGUACUUAUCUUAUUAAUUAUAUAUAAUGUUCUGCAAAUUGGAUUGA